AGAUUCUAUAAAUUGAAAAGCAAAUUCGUUAUCGCUAUUAGUUCAAAAUGAUGAAGUGCAACGGGCUGCUACUGAUUUUAUGUGCAUUAAGAACAUCUGUAGCAGAUGUAGAUGACCCGACACUUGUCACUUUACCAGAGGGACAAAUAAGAGGUCAAGCCCUGCAGUCUCCAAACGACAAUGUUUAUUAUGCAUUUCAAGACAUACCAUACGCAGCUCCACCUAUAGGCGAAUUAAGAUUUCAAGCACCUGUAGCGCCAGCAAAAUGGGAAGGAAUAUUAAACACCACGAAAAAUGAAAAAAUAUGUUACCAAAGUGGAGACGGCUACGUACCGAUUCCCGGAUUAAACCCAACGGAAGACUGUUUGUACUUGAAUGUUUACACUCCUCUGAAACCUGGAGAUGCUUCACAAACCCCAUUAGCGGUGUUAAUAUGGAUACACGGAGGUGGAUUUCAAACUGGAACUGGUGCUAUUCAGUCAUACAAACCUGGAUUCUUCAUUGACAAUAAUAUUGUUGUUGUCACGAUAAACUACCGUCUAGGAGCUCUAGGAUUUCUGACAACAGAAGAUGGAGUCAUACCAGGAAACUUAGGAUUAAAAGAUCAACAUUUUGCACUUCAGUGGGUUAAAAAUAAUAUCGAUCUAUUUGGUGGGGACCCCGAAAAAAUAACGAUAUCUGGUCAGAGUGCUGGAGCGGCAUCUGUGGGAUUCCAAUUAAUAAGUCAACGGAAUAAAGGUUUAUUCAGAGGUGGUAUUUUACAAAGUUUAACCCCAAUAGCUCAGGGGGCACAUCAAAACUAUGCACGAUUCUACGCUUUCGAAUUAGCUCGAAGUUUGGAUCUAAGUUUCACUUUAGAUAAUUCAACGGAAUUACUAGAACUGCUGCAAAGCUUUCCUGCUUCAAACAUAACCGACAACACAGUUACUGCUGCUGUUGGAAAAGAGUCUUCAUUAUUGGACAUUUUAAUAUGGCUGCCUGUAAUUGAGGAUGCUAAUCUAGACGGAGCACUCCUCACGGGUUUAUAUCAUGAAGACAUUAGAACAGGAAACAUAAACCAAGUUCCCAUAAUUAUUGGCUUUAACUCUGAGGAAGGACUAGCGUUUCUCCCAAGUGAGUCAGCUGUUGAGACGAGUGCGAAAUAUUUCGACAGUGAUUUAACCAACGUCAUUAGAAACCAGUUCAAUAUGACCAAAAAGAACAAACUGGAAGCCGGCACUAAAUUGAGAAAAAUUUACACCAAUGGAACAUUCGAAGACGAUCCUGGGCAAGUAGUGAAGUUUUACGGUGACGACUUGUUUACAACCCCAUCUAUUAGGCAUGCAAAGUUACAAUCCAACUAUACCGAUGUUUAUAUGUACCAGUUUUCAUACAAAGGCAAUAUGGGAGGUAUGAAGGAUUUAGAAAUUGCAGGUGUUCGAGGUGUUAGACACGCUGAAGAAGUGGUUUAUUUCUGGAACUCGCGCAUUCCUAGUGAUUCUGAUGAUCCAGAAGAUAUUAUAACAAGUCAACGUUUGUUAACCCUAUGGUCAAACUUUGUCAAAUACCUAAACCCAACUCCAGAAGUGGACAGUUUCCUGGGUAAUGUGACGUGGGAGAAAGUUAGUCCAAAUAAUUUGGUGUAUUUGCACAUCAACGAUACACUCGAGAUGCAGAAGAAUCCAAAAAAAUACCUCAAGUGGGAAAAAAUUAUCGACAAAUAUGCUAUACCUCCAUUGAUUAAUUACUAAUAUAUCUUCAGAAAUAAACUAUAUCAAGCAUU